AUGGCUGAAGAAACUUCAACCCUGGAUCUACGAAUGGCAGCAGCUCGGGAGAGAUUAUCAUGGAUGGAAUCAUUCAAAUUAAAAACACGUGUUGAGGAACAAGAGAACGAGUAUACUGAUGAAGCUAGUCUCAAACGAAUUUCCAGUAGGGAUAGCAUAAAGAAGAAAACCUUUUGCCAAGUGAUUAAGUUCUUGGGUAAACGAGUUUAUAACCCGUUGUAUAUGGCAGGAGCAGCUCAUACGCAUUUCAGAAUGAAACCCAUUAUUAAAGCACUACUGGAUCUGCCUAUUAAGAAAGUAAACAUCGAGUAUAGUGAUAUAAUAAGAGUUGAAGGAGUGGCCAAUCGAAAAGAGAGGAAGGAGAAAAUCCUUAUGGGUGAUGAGUUUUCAAGCUUUGGAAUGAAGGAAUUGGGGAAAAAGUCUAAUUCUUAUGCAGAUGUUAUGCGGAGAGCUACUAGAAAAAACAAGGGGAACGUCCCACUAUCUGUGAAGCAAACGAACACAACAGGAAACAAGUUCUUCCAGGAUAACGAUGAAUCAUAUGAUGAUAUUAUUUUAUACGCUAAGGGAGCGUUGGACUGGGAUGGCAAAAUGCCUUCACAACUGCAAGACAAGUUCACCUUAAACAAGUAUGGGGCAAUGGACGUGGGAAAUGAGGGUUGUUCCAUAGCAGCCCAAGAUGACAAUGGUAACACUUUGUACACUAAGAUAUCAUUGGAAUCAAAUGACAAAAUGACUUCACAGCUGGAAGAGAAGUCCAGAGGUGGUAAUCUAAACGCAAGGAAGGACAAGGGAAUGCAAGGGGAAAAGGAGGAGGAAGGAAAACGCAAGGAAAGUGUGCGACGUGUUUCAUCUUCUGUGAUUGCAACCCUUGUGCUUCUUUGGAUUCUCUUCGACAUAUGCACCCGCUCACCAAUUGCUCAGCAUCAGCCAUUGCACGGACAUAGCCCUGUUUUCAUUAAUUGGUCCUCUUUGGUUGAACUAUUCGGUUUUAUUGUGUUUAUUUGGGCUAUUGUUGCUACCAUUGUUGUUGGCGCACCAUUCUCUCUCAUGCAGAGUGGCAUGAUUAUGUUUUGGGCCAUUUGGAUGCUUGUGAGAUCUGCUAAAUCAAUGGCUGAAGUGUAUGUUCAAAUGUGGGGAAUCGUGCUGAUGGGAUGGUAUAUGCUCAUGGAAAAUCAGCCACCUAGUAACAAAGAACCUGAGCUACCAACUUAA